GUUGCCUUCGACUGUCCCUCUUUGGAUUGCAGCCGACAUAAAAGAGGGCUCAUUUUGGGGAGGCGUGGAGGUCAAUUAGCAGAUAGAUCUUCCCUUUCCAAUAAAUAAGUAAAUCCCGGUCUCCCUCCCUGCCACCCCUUGGAGACGAAGUUCGCCUGCUCCUCGCGUGGCUCGGGAAGAAAAUGCCCCAGCUCAACAGCGGCGGAGGCGACGAUCUGGGGGCCAACGACGAGAUGAUCGCCUUUAAGGAUGAAGGCGAGCAAGAGGAGAAAAUGCAGGCGAACGUCUUCACCGAAGGGGAUCUGGCCGAUCUCAAGUCGUCCCUGGUGAAUGAGUCCGAAAGCACCGGUGGGAGUAACAGCCAGAGCUCGAACGCGGCGGCGGUGGCCACGGCAGGAGCCCAUCCCGAGGCAAUGAGGCGGCUUCAAGAUCCUCAAAGAGUCUAUCGAGAGAAACUCCCAGAUCACAUGGAAGACGAUUUAAAACACCAGGACCCAGGAAUGUACAAAGGACCUGCUUACUCUGGAUACCCUUUCCUUAUGGUGUCUGACCCUUACCUGCCCAAUGGAUCUAUGUCACCUUUGUCCAACAAGGUUCCCGUAGUACAGCCGUCCCAUGGUGUCCAUCCACUCACCCCACUCAUCCCAUACAGCAAUGAACAUUUCAGCCAUGGCUCCCAUUCGCCACACUUGCCAGCUGACAUCAACCAGAAACAAGGUGUUCACCAUCCUGCUCAAACAUCAGACAUCCCUGGUUUUUAUUCCUUCCCUCCUGGUGGGGUUGGACCAAUAACACCUUCAAUGAGGUGGCAGAGCCAGCCUGUUUACCCUCUCCCGUCAUGUGGAUUUAGACAGUCCUAUACGUCGGCGCUCUCUGCUGGGGCUACUUUCUCUAGGCUAACACAUCCAUUGGUGCUCAGCCCUGGAAUGCAUGCCACAGGAAUCCCACACCCAGGCAUCACAUCCCCCCCUGGGAAACAAGAAACUGAUCAUUAUGACCGAAACAUGAAAUCGCAACCAGAACCAAAGAGAGAGAAGGAAGCCAAGAAGCCAACAAUUAAGAAGCCUCUGAAUGCUUUUAUGUUGUAUAUGAAAGAAAUGCGGGCAAAGGUUAUUGCUGAAUGCACCUUGAAAGAAAGUGCAGCUAUCAAUCAGAUUUUAGGGAGACGGUGGCACGCACUGUCACGGGAAGAACAAGCCAAGUACUAUGAAUUGGCCCGGAAGGAAAGGCAGCUUCACAUGCAACUUUAUCCCGGCUGGUCUGCAAGAGAUAACUAUUCUUCAGGCUCUUCGUCCCGUGAUCACACAAAGUUUAACUCAGGGCCCCUGGAAUUCAGCAGCACUUCGGGGCCAGUUUCUGCGGCAAGGGGGAAAAAGAAAAGACGAACAAGAGAAAAGCAGCAAGACUCCAAUUCAGAUCCUGCCUCUCCUAAGAAAUGCAGAGCUCGCUUUGGUCUCAACCAACAAAUGGACUGGUGCGGCCCAUGCAGGAGGAAAAAGAAGUGCAUUCGGUACCUACAAGGAGAAGGACGCUGUGCCAGCCCAGUUUCUUCCGAUGGAAGUGCUAUAGACUCCCCUUCCUCCCCUUUGGAUGUGCUCCAGUGCAUAUCCUCCGCUUUGACUUCAGACAAGCUUGCUGUCCCUGCUGACUGUGUACAACAAAACCAAGCCAGUCCUUUCCCUUUAUCUGCACAUGUCAAAGCUACAGUGAGCACACCUGGAUUCUCUUCUAAAUGUUCAGCAACACCUCGCCUAUCCAUCGUGCCCUGUGAACCUUCUGCGCACAAUGUAGUAUCAAUAGGAACAUAAUGCAGCAGCAGCCACCAGCAAGUUCAUCAGGCACUUUGGUCUUAACAGUGGUUUUGCUACCUAUGGAAACUGCCCAGAGACAACCCUAGACUUCCCAUCAAUUCAUCAAAUGUUGUUCUCCAAGUCAGGUAAAAGCUGUGUCAGUACUUCAGUAAUUGGAGAAGAUUGGAGCUCUGGAAGUGCAUUUUUACCUAGGUCAUAACAACACAUAUUUUUCUAAAAAUGUAAGAACAAAAAACUCAGACUUAAUUCUAGUCAGUAGCUGUGUUGAUUAUCAAAUCAGAAUGGGAACACAGAAUGGCAGAAGUAACUAAGAGGUUCUGUAUGUGUUAAGCAUUGGUUCCUGGUUCUUUUUUUUCACUGAGCUCUCACUGUUGUAGGCCUCUCAUCGUAUCAACAAGAGGUGAAAAGAAUAGGAUGGUUUUUUACCAGUCCAGAUUCUAAGAGGGAAAACAAAGUAUCUGAUCAGAAACUGUAGAAUGCAUUAUGCCCCACCUUAUGGAAAGUGUGCAAGACACAUUUCUUCUCAUGUUCAUUUCCAGGAGCUGGAAGCAGGAAUACUUAUGAGGUAGUAAAGAAAGUAUUCCCUGGCUUCUCCAGCCUUAACUAUCAAGAUCUCCUGCAUUUUGCCUUCCAAAACAGUAGUUAUAUGCUUCAAUGCAGAUGUCUAUUUCUCCAUUCUUCACUAUAUAAAUGGUGCAAAAAUGGGGGCCUUUCUGCGAAACUCCCUCCCCUUUGUAAAAUUAAUUUAGAUUUCUCUUGCUUAUGUUACGCUUUUAGUCGGAGGCAUAUUGCAUUUUUUUACAUUCUGCACCUGCCAAGAUGAGACAUAUCACUGAAGAGUACAUUCACAGCUAUUAGAAACUGCAGAAUGGAAUGUUGCCACACAAUGUUUAUUCUGAAAUUCUUCCACUUUUGUUCUCCAUCAUUUAUGCUGGUUCUGCUCAUGGGAAUGGCAAGGAUUUUUGAGAAGUAUCCCCAACAACUGGCCAUCAUAUUCAGAUCACUGGCUUGCUUUUGACAUUCACCAAGCUUUAAUCACCCACUUUCAACCUUCCUGGGACAGCCAAAAGGGUAACAACUUACUUUUGCAAAGACAGAUGAGAGCAUAGGUAAGAACUGGACACAGUUCCUGUGGCCAUUGUCUGGCUUAUCAUGGAACUUAUGGCCCAUUUCUAUUAGAAGUGUGUAAUUUUUCUCUCACAGAGCACUUGCUCUCUCAGCCCAUUCUGUUAACUGGUCAAACAGCUCAGCAUGGUGUAGUGGUUAAGAGUAGGUAGACUCUAAUCUGGAGAACUGGGUUUAAUUUCGCACUCCUCCAUAUGAGCAGCAGAUUCUUAUCUGGUGAACCAGAUUUGU